AAUUAUGAAUAUUGUCGAGACAUGAGUAAAUAGUUUAAACUUUUAAAAAAUAAACGGAGCUUUAUUAAAAUGAUUAUUCUCAAAAAUAACUCAAAGAGUAGUAUUCCGGAAUGGAUGGCUAUAGAUGUUCAUGGAAGCAUAAAAUGUUCGCAUCAUCUAAGUAAAAUUUUAUUCGGAGAACUGUAUAAAAAAAAGGAUGGAGAUAUUGUGUGUGCAAUUGGUACCCAUAUUCUAGAAGGUCAUGAGAUUGACUUGGAAAAGCCAAUUAUUAUUUUGAAAAAAAAUCUUCCAGCACAGUAUCAAUCUAAAAACAAAACGGAGGCUGAUGCAUCUCAUGAUAUAGCUGCAGUUAUUAGAAAAAAACUUGUAUUUCGAUCAAGACCAAUCAUGUCCAAUAUAUCAAGCUGUUAGGAUUUUUCAAUGUAUGAUGAUCUCAUAAUUCACGAUCAACAAGAACGAACUCAACUAUGUUAAUAGCAAUACUCUUUUAUUUUUACGGAAUUUAUACUCUUAAAUUACAUUAAACUUUUUACUUGAAAAACGUU